AUGUCAGUCAACCGCAACGUCGAAUCCAUCAACUACAAGCAGGGCGAGUUCCACCCCAGCGUUCCUCGCUCAGAGCCCCUCACGACCAAAGGCCACGCCCCAGGCACCAAAGUUGGCAAUGACGCAUACCCCGAGUUCCACGCGCAAGCAUACCCCGCCGGCACAGCACCAAAAGAGAACACCUUUCGGCCGCAGAACGCGCAAGAGAAUCCCGGCCAGGCCCUGAACCCCGGAGCCACUGCGUAUACGGCCGCGCACGAUUUCCCGGGUGCCACGAGUGGAGACGUUCACACUGGGUUGGGUAAGCCUAUGCAGGGCCAGACCAGCGCCGAGCUGCACGGGACCAAUCUCGGUCGCCGUGAGAAGGAGAGCGCUGGACUUGAGGGAGUUGGAGCUUCUAGCAAGCAAAGUUCUAGGGAGCGGCGGCUGGAUGUUGAUCAGGAGCCCAAUCCUCGUGGCAAGACGAAGCAUGCUUCGGAUACUCUCGGUGCGGAAGAGAGAUUGCCUGUGUCGGCUGAGGAGGUUGCCAGCCAGCGUCGAUAA